AUGGCCAGCUUCGCCGACGACCUGCUCGCCGACUUUGGCUCGGACGACGAACAGGGGGUCGGUCUUCAAGAACAAGACGAAGCUCAUCCAUCCACCAAUGGAGACGGCACCGAAAGCCGCAAGCGAGCUUAUCCCGAGGAAGACGGGAGAGCGCCCGACAACAAGCGCCCUCACAUCGACGACGCAGAUCUCGAUGAUCUCGAAGAUGGCAGUGACGACGACGACGACGAAGACGAUGAAAUGAUAGAUGGAAACGCGGCGGGCUCUACAGCAUCAUCUUCGACAGCAGGGCAAGGCGGUACCAACGGCAACGGCGUCCCGCUCGGUCGCAACGCUGUACAGCCUGCCGCAGAGCGAGAUCAGGCCGAUGUGGACGAUCUCGACUUCACCAAAACAACAAGCGUGCGUAGCGUCGCCUCACUGCUCAACAGCGGCAGCAAAGUCAAGAGCGUCCUCGAGCAGAUCAACCACUUUAUGGCUCUCCCUGAGCCAGAUCUCGCGGGAGUACUCGAAGACUCGCCAGAAUAUCACCUCAUCGUCAAAGCCAACAACAUCGCUGUUGACGUCGACAACGAGGUGAUGGUCGUACACAAAUUCAUCCGCGACCACUACUCGCCUCGCUUCCCCGAACUCGAGACGCUCAUCCCGAACCCUUGGGAUUACAUCCAGGCAGUCAAAGCGAUCGGCAACGACGACACGAUCCCAACGUCUUCUCUCGAGGGCAUCCUACCACACGGCACUGUUGUGGUGAUCAGCAUGACCGCAUCCACAACAUCAGGACAACCUUUACCGCCAUCAGAGUGGUCAGCUGUUCGAGAAGCUCUAGAAAUGGUCUUUGAACUCGAAUCCGUGCGCUCGCGCAUCCUCGCGUACGUCGAAUCCAGAAUGGCCUUUGUCGCACCCAACCUGUCCGCCGUCGUCGGAACGCGUACAGCCACGAAGCUGCUCGGUGUCGCUGGAGGACUGGACGGCCUAUCCAAGAUUCCCGCUUGCAACCUCCACCUGCUUGGUGCAGCCAAGAAACACGCCGUCGGCCUCUCGUCCGCCCACGGCGGUUCCUCCCGUUCCACCGGCUUCAUCGUGCAGAGCGACCUCAUCGCCAACACCCCCGACGACUACAAGCGACAGGCCAUCCGGAUGGUCUCUGCCAAAGCGCUCCUCGCCGCACGUAUGGAUGCCGGCAAAACCACCAGUCGCGACGGCUCCUACGGCAUGAAACUCCACCAAGAGCUUUCCAAAAAGAUCGAGAAGCUUCUCGAACCACCACCGCAGAAGCUGGAAAAGGUGCUGCCCAUCCCCAAGGAAGGUAGUGGGGGGAAGAAACGUCGUGGAGGACGAAAAGCGCGUAAGGCAAAGGAGAGGAAUGGGAUGACCGAGUUGCGAAAGAUGCAGAACCGUAUGGAGUUCGGAAAGCAGGAAGAGGAAGCCAUGGGCUAUGACGAGAGUGUGGGGCUGGGAAUGAUCCACAGCUCUUCGUCGGGCAAGAUCAGGGCGCAGGGCGUGGAGGAGAGGAGCAAGAGAAAGAUGAGCAAGGCGAACAAGAACAGGUUGGCUGCGCUGAAAGCGAGUGCCGCGAACGGGUUGAGCUCGGUAGGUGGAGCGGUGGAUGGCACGGCUUCGUCGUUGUCGUUUACGCCGGUGCAGGGGAUCGAGCUGGUCGAUCCGAGUAGGAGACAGGGUGGGAAGGGGGAGGAGGCAAAGUGGUUCAAACAGGGUCAGUUUUCUUUGUUGCCCGGCGCAAAGGCGAACUUGCCGGGGAGCAUGGGGCCUCCUCCUCCUCCACCAAAGUCCAAGUGA